AUGAAAGGACAAAACAGAGAAUUCAUUGAUUCCGCAUCCUCAUCGGUACCGGUGGUCUCGAACGCGCUUCAGCAGCGUCUCCAAUUCAUUCUGCAGAGCCGUCCGGAAUGGUGGGUCUAUGCCAUAUUCUGGCAAGCCACCAAAGACAGCGACUCCCGUUUCACACUGGAAUACGGCGGCGGCUUCUUCAGGGGUGCAAAGGGGAGAGAGGAAAGGGAACAUAGCAUGUUGGAGGAGCAAAGGAGGAACGUGAACGACAUUGAAUGGUUCUACAGGGUGUCGCAAACUCGGUCGUACGCCGCCGGGGACGGUGUUGUCGGGUGUGCCUUCAACUCAGGGGUGGAUGUUUGGUUGAGCGGAGUGAACGAGUUUGAACUGAACGAGUGUGACGAGAGAGUAGGGGAAGCUCGCAAUCAUGGGAUCCACACUUUAGUCUGCGUUUACGUAGCACGUGGCAUCCUUGAGCUGGGUUCGUGUGACGCGUUGAAGUUGGAUCAUGGGCUUCUUCAAAUGGCUAAAUCGGUGUUUGAGGAACGUGAGAGUGAGAAUCCACUAUACAAAUGGUGGAUGGUUACGGGGAAGGAGAAAGAGAGAAGAAGAGAGCUGGAUGGAUCGUCGACGGACUCAUCAGGGCCUUCUGAUGCGGAGGCUCCUUUGGCGUUUGCGGAAGGCAGCAACAAUGUUCCGAUGAUGACGAGAAGGGUAGGGAGCGGACGUGAGAUGCUGCCCAUAAAUCACGUGGAGGCGGAGAGGCAGCGCCGAGAGAAGCUGAAUCAGAGAUUCUACGCUCUUCGCUCUGCGGUCCCUAAUGUCUCUAAGAUGGACAAAGCCUCCCUGCUUUCGGACGCUGUUUAUUAUAUCAAUGAACUCAAGGCCAAAAUCAGCCAGCUGGAGGCCGCAUUGGAGACCAAACAGGAAGCUGCUGUAGACCAUGUUCAGCCACUCACCUCUGCAACCACUAACAUGAGAGUUGAGGUGAAGAUCUUGGGGUCCGAGGCCAUGAUAAGGGUGCAGAGCCUCAACGUGAACCACCCCUCUGCCAGGUUAAUGGAUGCUCUCAGGGACGUCGAUUUGCAAAUUCUGCAUGCCACAAUCUCCAACAUCAAAGAGAUGAUGCUGCAAGACGUUGUAGUCAGGGUUCCCCAUCACCUCAUGACCCAAGAUGCGCUCCAAAAUGCUAUUCUUCACAGACUCUGA